AUGUUCCACGCUUCCAAAGCGUUGACCGCCCUGUGGCGGUUGACCGGGUUAGGGACGUUCUCGAUGACCGGCUGUCCACCGCCGCCGUCGUCCCGUCUAUCGGUCGUGUACGCAGUGACCGUUUAUUCGGCGUACGCGUACCUGUGCUCGGUACUGACGUCCGAACGGCUGACCGCGUACAGGCAACACGAGAGCGGCACGUUUCAGAUCCACGUGAUCCGGGACACGAACAUGGGUCUGCUGUUCGUCGCGUCCACGGCGGUUUACUGGAGCGCGGCCGCGUACCGCCGGCAACACGUCCGCGUGUACACCGAACACGCGGCCGUGGUGCACCAGCUGUUCGGCUCCGCGGUUCCGGCCGGCCGCCGUGCCGUGGACGCGUGCUAUUGGGUGCUGUACGCGCUGCUGGCCGCCGCCCUGUCGCUGGACGUGCGCCGGUACACGGGCCCUAGGCCCUGGACGUUCGGGGCCGUUUACGUUUGGGGCCAUUACGCGCUGCUCACCGGCAACAUGCAGUUCGCCAUCACCGUUUUCGGACUGUGGCAGUGUUACCGCGAGCUCAACUGUCGGAUGCGGGCCGGAAGCGCGGGCCGUCGCCGCGAUUUCGGCUUGCACGAGUAUGGGACCGCUGAUACCACCAAAAUGCCGUCCUCGGACGUCCCGCCGCAGAACAUGAUGUUCAUCAGCGUAUUGGAAAAAGUAAACUUGCUUGCAAUGCUGAAAUAUUGGUCAGAUGUGCAUUGGUCAAUCACACAAAUUGUAUCCAGGGUCAACAACUUAUUUAAAUUCCGAUUAUUCGUUUUCUUCGUUUGUGGAUUACUACAUUUGAUGUUAACACCAUAUAUGUUAUCAUUGACUAUACUCAACGAGGAUAUUGAUAUAUUACGUUACAUAUUAGAAUGCACUUUAUGGUUCAUUAUUCAUAUUCUCCGAGUGGUUUUGAUGAUCUACCCGUGUGCUUUACUAGGAGAAGAGGCUGCUAAAACACAAAUAUUGCUUGGAAGCUAUCUCAAUACUAAAAUCGAUUUAUUUGAUAUAAAAAAGAUAGAAACUUACGCUCAACAGUUAGCCGCCAACACACCAGAAUUCAGUAUUUACAGUAUGUUUAUUAUAGAUAAACAAUUAGUUAUUACAUUAACAGGAGCAGUUACAACAUAUUUGGUGAUAAUUCUACAACUACAAGGUCAAUCAUGAUGGGAUCUUUAGAAUUUAAAUAAAAAUAUGUACCUACCUACCAUUUUAUUUAUGACGUACCAUGUACCUAUUAUGCAUAUUGUACUUGUGAUGUACUCAUCGUAUUAGUUAUUAGUUAUUGAUUAUUACUUAUUAGUAAAUUCUAAAUGUAAUAAGUUAUUACAUUUAGAAUUUGAAUAUUGAAUUAUUUGGCAAAAUUUUAA